AUCAAGCCGACGCGAUUGGCCGACGCGCGCGUCCGUGAAGCCGCCCCGUCAGGCUCUUCCGCCGCGGUGUCAGCUCCGCUCCUCCUCCGGCGUCUCGUAACCGACUCACUUCGCAUCCUGGACGCGGACCCGAACGGGACUCGCAUCACCACAGGUGUAACUGCAGUGGGAUCAGUGCAGUCGGAAGCGUCAGGCAAGCUGUCUGAGGGACCAUGUUCUAGUGCCCCGUGCUGGCUGCCCACGCUCUACCAUGAACAAUGAGGACGAGUUCUAUGAUGCCGUCACAGGCUUGGAUUCAGACGAGUCGUGUGAGGGCACUUCAGAGGCCAGCUUUAAAGAUGCUGUAGUGGACCAUGGUGCUGAAAAGAACAAUGGUGCCAUUCCACAGGAGAAUGGAAUCAAGAAACGCAGGUCAGCCCUUCCUGCCCCAAUGUUCUCACGAAAUAACUUCAGUGUAUGGAGCAUCCUAAAGAAAUGUAUUGGACUGGAACUGUCCAAGAUCACCAUGCCCAUCGUCUUCAAUGAGCCGCUGAGCUUCUUGCAGAGAAUCACUGAGUACAUGGAGCACACGUACCUCAUCCACAAAGCCUGCGCUCAGUCCGACUCCAUAGAGAGGAUGCAGGUGGUAGCUGCCUUUGCUGUGUCCGCUGUGGCCUCUCAGUGGGACAGAACUGGAAAGCCGUUCAACCCUCUCUUAGGAGAGACCUAUGAGCUCACACGGGAGGAUCAAGGGUUCAGGUUGAUUUCAGAACAGGUCAGUCACCACCCACCCGUCAGUGCAUUCCACGCAGAGGGUCUGUCCCAGGACUUCCUGUUCCACGGCUCUAUAUACCCCAAGCUCAAGUUCUGGGGCAAGAGUGUGGAGGCAGAACCCAAAGGAACCAUCACGUUAGAACUCCUGAAGCACAAAGAGGCAUACACUUGGUCGAACCCUUUCUGCUGUGUACACAAUGUCAUUGUGGGCAAACUGUGGAUUGAGCAAUACGGCACUGUAGAGAUAGUCAACCACAGCACUGGAGAUAAAUGUGUGCUGAACUUCAAACCCUGUGGGAUGUUUGGCAAAGAACUACACCGAGUGGAAGGCUACGUCCAGGACAAAUGUAAGAAGAAGCGCUGUGUCAUCUAUGGAAAGUGGACAGAAUGCUUGUGGAGUGUGGACCCGCAGGUGUACGAGUCCCAUCGCAAGAAUGAUAAGAGAGGAACAGCAGAGACCAAGAAACCGAAGCCGGAAGAGUCAGAGGUUGCGGAGAACGAGGAUGCGGAUGACAUGCCGGAGGUACAGGAGACUGUAGCUGUGAUCCCUGGUAGCACUCUGCUGUGGAGAGUAUCAUCUAGACCAUCUAAUUCAGCGGAGAUGUAUAACUUCACUAACUUUGCCGUCACACUGAAUGAAUCGGAGCCUGGCAUGGAGGGAGUUUUGGCCCCGACAGACUGCCGCCUACGGCCUGAUAUCCGAGCCAUGGAGAACGGUGACAUGGAUGAGGCCAGCAGAGAGAAGGAGAGGCUGGAGGAGAAGCAGAGGGCAGCUCGUAAAGAGAGGGCCAAGAACAAUGAGGAGUGGUCCACUAGGUGGUUCGAGCUGGUCACGAACCCGUACACAGGAUUGCAGGACUGGCUCUACACUGGAGGUUACUUUGAUAGGAAAUACACAGACUGUCCCGAUAUCUACUGACAGGGGACCAGCGUUCCGGAGUGCCCUCACUUUCUGCCCUACCCAGUGCCCCUGCACCAAGCAUCAUAUCCCGAUCGUCUGGAACUGAUGUAGCAACACUAGACGUUUCUUCAUCUCUGCCCAACCAACCAUACAAACCAUCUUGUGAUAUAGGGAAACAUCCAUUAGUAAUUCGGUCCAUAGCAAUAGUGAAAUCAGGGAUUUGAGCGCUCAUUCGAAUGAGGUGAAAGGGGAGGAGAGGAACACUUUGGAGUAAUUUAGGCCCCUCCCCCCAGAUAAAAGGGGCUUUUUUGCUGCGGGAGCACUUCACAGCACUCGAGACCAGCUUAUUGUUCAAACAUGAGAAAUGUACAGAAGAUGAGAAGAGAGACUGAGACUCAGAGAAUUGCCUUUUUCUCUGCCUUAGAACUGCGUUCCUGCGUCCCUUCCUAAUUUUCCUGUCUCCCUACCGCCGUCUGACCUGCAGCAGCAUCUGUGGUCAUUAAACUCGUACACCUUUCACAGUUCAUUACCGCCCGCAUCCUUCUUGCGACUGGGGGCGCAUCACAAGUAUCGCAUUUCUCCACAUUGGACAACACUGAGCUGCUAAAAAUGCAACUGCUCACCAUUAAAGUAGCCCAGAAUGAAGUCUGGUUAAUUAUUAUGUUGGUUAAUCCGAGUGGACUGACGAUGAACUCCUCCUUAUGUGUGAACGUGUGAAGCCGUGCCAUCUUCACCUUAAGGUACCGUUUGUUGCCCCCAGGAUUUUCAAGAAAGCAAUUUGGCUUGAUGGUAGCUGAGGGUCAAAUCCGCUUGCGAGGGUCACACUUUAUGCCUCAUUAUUCAAAAUAUCCCCGUUAGAAAUGUAAAAAGCAGAAAUGUGAAGGUAAAUGUCCUCAGUCCUGUCCUCCCUUAACAGCAUUCAUGUUUUGCUGGUCAAAAAAUUCUCUGCAGAUUUCUUUCACCCCCCCCCCAUCACUUUUCUAUAACAUGGUAAGUUCCUUCACUUUAGUGUAGUUGUGUUUGUCCCCAGCUGAGCACCUGACUCACUCGUCAUAUUGAUUAUUGUAAAACAUCACCAGUCACAUCGUAUUAAUCACUGAACCCAAACUUACGAAGACGCACACUGUGCACAGCAGCCAGAAACUAUGCAAACGACCGCACAGCUCAAAGCCCGGUGUAGUAACAUGUACCUGUGUCUGAAUAUAGAUGUGCAUAUAGUUUAGUCUCAAUGAAGAAACAACCUCGAAGUCUAGAAUGACGGUUUGUGUGACUGUAAAGCUCCAGCAAUGUACCAUCUUAGCCAGUAGCCUUCCUCCUCAGCGCCCACAUGCAUUGGUGUUUAUGAUCACGUCGAUCGUUCCCGCCAGAAACCGUGUUCUGCUUCACAAGCUGUCGAUUUCAUGAGCUGUAGCUGCGAUUAGUGCUGCAGAUUGUGGAAGGUGACCGAACGCGUUCGUCUUGGAAGCACAGUGACGAUAGAAUUUAACUUUAUUUUAAAGAUUCUGAUCGGUUUUCUUUCCCUUCAGUGCCUGAAUUUAAAUCCAGAAUUGUCACUAAUACUUGACCAUUUUAUUAAGUUUGUCUUUCACUCAUUGUCAUGGGUGUUUUAAUAUUCAUUAGGACCCUGUUGUUGUUGUUGUUGUUGUUGUUGUUGUUGUCCGUUUGUCUCUCUCUGGCUAACCAAAUUUCACUUUCAUCUUUCUCUCUGUGGAAUAACGAUUUAAAGAAGCGAGAAUGGCGGCACAUUUUCACAAGCUGUAUGAUGUACACGAGUACAGUUCAUCACACUACUUGACUGCAUCCAUUAAUAUAGUUGCUCUUUCAUUUAAAUGUACAUUUGAUGAUUUGAAAGCUAGCAAUAUAAAAACUAAUAUACAUUAAAGUCUAGAUUUUAUUUGC